AGCAACGCUAAAAAUACUGCAGUCUGUCUAGUCAAGGUCUGUUAGUUUCGGUACCCAACUAUUAUGGUCUGAUUUAAAUUCAGUUCCGCCCGGUUUUAAAUAACGAUAUUCAAAAACACAUUUUUACAAGUUAGACCAGCAAUAUCUGUGAUUCCGUUGUAAUCAUACCCCUGCUGCACUGCAGUGUGUAAUUUUUAAGGUUGGGAUGUUGUAAUAUUAUCAUGUUUCAUACUGGAGAGGUAUUCUAGCAAACGGUGAAGCGGUGUUGAUUUAUUCAAAAAAGACGCCUAAAUGGAUGCUUACCGAACCGGAAGAGACGCAGCAACAGGGUCGAGGAUUGUUGCAGCUGCAAAUUUUAAUGAUUUAGCGGAGAAUGUGGAAGCGCCUUCACCCAACCAGCAUCCGCAGCAAGCCAACGUUAUGCCAAUUUCCCAUAAAAUCUUUAAGACGGCGAUAUUGGUGAUCAGUGGGUUGUAUCUGGGAGUCGGAAUUCUCUUCAUAGCGGGCGGCGUUAUAAUCUGGAAUGAGCGCCUCUUCAAUGUAGAUCACUUCGAAUUCGUCGAUCUGCAAAGCAUAACCGAUAACGUUAUUGGUUUAGCCAUCACCGUGGGUGCACUGACUCUGGUGGUCGCCGCACUGGGACUUCCGGCUGGUAGCUGCCGAAACCGAUACGCGAUAUUAUCGUUCGGAGUGGCGCUUAUCGUCCUUAUGGUCUUUCAACUGGUCUGUCUAGGCUUAGGAUUUUCUGGGAAACAUCAGAUGGAAACCCAAUUAACUGACGAUUUGUGGCACGAUAUAGCACACUACAACGAAUCGAACCAUCACAAAAUUGACAAAGUGCAAAGAGAGCUGUGCUGUUGCGGGGUGGACUCAUUUGGAGACUGGCUCGAUUCAGGCCAGCCUGCAACGAUGAGCGUAUCGGCCAGAAAACGCAAACCAAAUACCUUCAAUGGAUAUCUGCCUAAAACUGGGAAAUUUAUGAAAGUAGCCGUCUCGUUCAACGUAACGGUUUCCGGUAUUCCACACCGUUACCCACCGCUAUCCUGCUGCAAUUUAGUGGACGAGACUCUGUGCAUAUUCGAUGUGGAAACGGUCUAUGCCUGUGCUCAAAGUGACCAAAACAACAACUGCGAUUUCUAUACACGCGGAUGUGCGCCGCUGCUGCGUGAUACACUCAGGGAAAUGAUGGGGAUAAUUGGCGCUGUGGCCGCUGUAUUACUGUUUCUCGAUAUUGCUGGAAUUAUCUGCGCUGCUUGGCUGUUUUGCCGGUUGUAUCGGAUAGCAGGCCCAUUAUUCGCAUUCAGGCGGCUGGAUAAUAUCCGCGAAAUAGAUCAACGGGAAGACCAUCAUGGUGCUGCAAGUGAAACCCGCUGAGCGAAUGUAUCUGCUUUUGUCCUUUUGCCAACUUUUUCACGCUUGCUUCGUUGUUCGUAGUAAAUUUAAUUUUGUUAGCCACAAAAUAAAAUUACUUUCACAUUUUUAAUCAAAUCAGGGUCAUCGACUGGCUUAAGAUUUACAAAAACUAAAUAA